UCCAACAAUUUGCCAACAGUUCCUAUUUCUCAAUCGAAACAAUAAAAAUGGAAAACCAAUAAAACCGAAUUGAAAAGUUGCGAAACGAAAAGAAUUUGAUUUGAAGCGAAUUUCAAUCAAUUCGUUAUUGCUCACAGAGUAGUACAAUGAAAAUGUUCUCACAUGCGUUGGGUGUGUUCGUGGGGUGGCUGGCAGUCGUCUCCGCGAGGGAAACGAUUCGACCGCUGCCCACUAUAACCAACUCCCUCGUGAAUCUCGGAAAAAUGGAUAUCUCAUUUUAUUUCAACGGUAACGAUCCGGCUCACCGUACACCAGACCACGGACCAGUGACCCCGGCGGCUCCUGUACCUUACUUCCCGAGAAAUGAACCCUUCAUCGAGGAACCCUGUCCCUGUUCCAACAUGCGAAACGCCAAAGAGUCUUUCUUAACUAAUCCCACUGGUCUUAUAAACAAAAUCAUCUCGAACAACGAUCUGUUCUCUUUCAACAAAGACCCAUUAUCUUCUACUUUAUGCUGCGAUUCUCACGAACAUAUAGCUCAAGAAGGAACAAUCAUCUUGGAGUUGCCUCCUAAGCCUGUGAAACCAGCUCCUAUAUCCAGAUCCUCAAAUCCUUUACCCAUGAUGCCUUUUCUCUUCGACAGUAUAAUCCCAAACAAAUCCAUGCUACCUCCUCUGAAAACUAAAGCAAUUGAAAUCUUCUUAUUCCCUAAGAAGAAGGAUUUGUCUAAUGUCAUAAAUACCUUCGAGAUGGCUAAGUUUCCUAAGAAGAAAGACAUAGUACCCAAGGAAGGAAUCACAAUAGUUGGUGAUAAGAAACUAGAGAAUAACAUUGACUUGUUCAAACCACCGCCACCAUCACCGGUCAAAAAAGACUUGAGCGCAAAGGAGAUGACCACCGCAAAGGUAGUAGAGGUGGAGAAGCCAGCAGAUGAUGUAGAGAAGAUAAUAAUAGAGCCUGCUAACAAGCCUAAUACUGUGUAAAUGAGAAUGUAGUAAAUAAAGAAGAACAGUGAUUUA